AUGAGGCAGAGUUGGGUGAAACGGGCGUAUAAAAGUGCAGAAUGGAGGGUGAGACACACCAGUCAAGUGCAACACUUGGCUACUUCCACUCCCCGUGGUCCACUCCCGGUGGUCUAUCUUGCACUUGUUUCACAAGAUUCUCCUAGAGAUGGGUUUCGGCGCUUUAUUCAUAACAUGUCUUUGCACUCUCGUGCUCCCACUCCUUUUGAUCGUGGCUGCGAUGAAACUGUGGGAAAUGUACGUAAUUAGUGGAAGUGAUCCAACCUGUCAGAGUCCUCUUCCUCCGGGUACCAUGGGACUGCCCUUCCUUGGCGAGACGCUUCAGAUGAUCCUACAGGUAACUGAUGAUGGAAACAUAAACUGCAAACUCUGUUCCUCCCUAUGUUCACAGUGUGCAGCAGGCUGCUGUCGAUUAGUUGGGGUUAUGCAUCAGGCUCAAAUGUCCUCACAGAAAAGCUAUGCUAUUGAAUAAAUUGAAAGAUUGUUAUGUAGCCUAAUUCAAGCGAUUUAAGAAUGCAAUUAAUAGUGUUCAUUCAUACACUAUUUAUUUUCUAGAGAAGAAAAUUCCUAAAAAUGAAACGUCAGAAAUAUGGAUAUAUUUAUAAGACGCAUCUCUUUGGGAGUCCCACGGUGCGGAUAAUGGGUUCAGAACAUGUGAAACAGAUUCUGAUGUCAGAACACAAAUUGGUCGCCGCUCAGUGGCCAGCAUCAGUGCGACUCAUCCUCGGGUCGCACGCCCUCUCCAAUGCGCACGGCGCACUCCACAAGAGCAAGAAAAGGGUAGGCAAUGUAGAGUAGCCUACAUGUCUGUGUAGGCACCUCAUGGUUUUUGCUUAUGAUGUAAAACACAUUGUAAUUUACCACGCAUUUUCCUUGUAGCAUCCCCUUAAAGCGCUCUCUCCUGUUUGCCUGCAGGCGAUCAUGAAAGCCUUUUCCCGGGAAGCCCUGGAACAGUAUAUUCCUGUGAUCCGGGAGGAGGUGAGAUGCGCGGUGGAUAGCUGGCUGCAGAGCGACUCUUGCGUGUUAAUGUACCCAGAGAUGAAGCGCCUCAUGUUCCGCAUCGCAAUGAGGAUCCUGCUUGGCUUCGAGCCCGAGCAAACAAAGACCGACGAGCUGAAAUUAGUGGAAGUGUUCGAAGAAAUGAUAAAGAACCUUUUCUCCCUACCAAUCGAUGUCCCUUUCAGCGGCUUGUACCGGGUAAGUUGCCUGUGAAAUGGUAGGAUUGAUUGAUUGAAGCAGCCCUGGAAUGCAUCACAUGGGGUUACAGUGUGCGCACAUCGUUAUUGACCGAUAUUUUUCACCAUUCCAUUUAUAGGGUCUGAGAGCGCGCAACAUCAUCCACUCAAAAAUAGAGCAAAACAUAAAAAAUAAGCUGUCCAAUAUUGAUAACAACAAUAAUUAUAAGGAUGCACUGCAAUUAUUGAUUGAGGACGGUGAGAGGAACGAGGAGCGAGUAAGCAUGGAGGUAACAGAUGCCUUUCAUUUUCAUGGUAAUUUGAUUCUACACACUGCCAUUUACUCUAUGUAUGAAAAAGUAUUUAUGUAUUUCCCCCAGGAGAUAAAAGAGUCUGCCACAGAAUUACUAUUCGGUGGCCACGAGACGACAGCGAGCACUGCGACCUCUCUGGUGAUGUUUCUCGGGCUGCAUGCGCAUGUCGUGCGUAAAAUGCGCCAUGAGCUUCAGGAGAAGGUUGGUAUCGCCAGAGAGGAAGAGGCGAAGCGCGAGGUAUAACUGGGCCCAAAAUCUGUCUUCUCCUGUAGGUGGCAUUUUUCCGUAUAUUUUUUGCUCUCCAAAUAAGGAGUUUUUGUAUGGAGGUCAAUGAGUGUCGAAUUUGGUUAACAAAAAAUUGAAUAGCUUAUUAGCUAUGUGUGGUUUAUUUGAUCAAAUAGAAGUUUCGUAAUGUUUAGGUUGUUAUGAGUGUACUGAUAUAGCCUAAGUAGGCCACGUGACAUCCCAGAAACUUUGAGAAAAACACUUCAUAUUGGAGUUGUGCCUGUUGUUCACGCUCAUGUCUGCCAUCUCAUUGGCUCGACUGCGUCCAUUUUUUAAAAUACUUUUCUUUUCAUUGUUAGAGCGCCCCCUUGAGUACCUGGGCCCGGUUUUCCUAAAGCAUCUUAAGGCUAAGUUAAUCUUUAGAUGCCUUUGUAGGAACAUCGAUAAAUCUCCGAGCUGUUUCCUAAAAUCAUCUUUAUUAACGUUGCACUUGAAAACGCUCUUAAUCUAAUGCCUGCCUCAGACCACUCAGCUAAGUGCAUCAUUAGAUGUUUUUUGCCCUCCCGUGUCACUUUAUACACAGAAGAUCUCCGCUAAACAUAGUAUCACAUGUUUUAUCUGUCUGUGACUUCUGAUAACUUCAGAACAAAGGUGACUAAAAAUACAAAGUUGCCAGUGUCUUUCCAAUGUAUACAAACAAGCCACGUAGGCUAUAACAAUAUGCUUCAAAUAAAACCGAGAUGACUGCAUUAAAAUAUAAACAGUAGGCUAUAGGCCUAUUUCAAUCACAUUGAAAUACAUUUAAUGUUCAAUCAAUUUAGUUAUAUUUUGCUACUUGUAGGCUACUGUCUAUAAUAUGUCUCAAUAUAUUUCAUUAUGUGUAGUUUAACAUGUGCGCAAUGAUGUGCCAAAUUGGGGAUUUUGUGCAUUUUUAUUAGGUAAGCAUUUGAAUAAGCCACCUUAAUAUUUCCAGCCGUAGGUCGUAAUAUCUCUCUAGGAGCUGAUCCGUCAUCAGUAUUGUGAAAUAAUUAUAAUGUUAAGGAAAUAUUAGAAUGGAGAAAGCUGAUCUGAGAGCAGCGCUCCCUAUCUAUCUUUCGAUCCUAUCAGUAUGGACACAUGCUCCAACGACGCACUUUGCGACCGUUCUCUCUGCGUGGUGUUUUUGGGAAACACAUGUUACAUCUUCGGCCGUUGUAGGAAAGAUGCAUCGUUAAAACACUCCUAAACCUAAAUCCCAUCGCUAUCCGGAAACCGGUCCCUGGUCAAUAUAAUGGAUGCUGGCUGGAUAAUCUGUGGUAUCGCUCUGUAUCUACAGGUAACUGCCAAAAUAAAGGAAACAAUUGAGUAAAUGAGGGAUACACAAUAUGUUGAAAGCAGGUGCUUCUACACAGGUGUGUUUCCUGAGUUAAUUAAGCAAUUAACAUCCCAUCAUGCUUAGGGUCAUGUAUAAAAAUGCUAGGCAGGCCAUUAUUUUGGCUACAAUGGCUAUGCCCCCAUAGGAUGAAAAUGCCCCCAUCCACAGGGCAGGAGUGGUUAUUGAAUGGUUUGAUGAGCAUAAAAAUGACUUAAACCAUAUGCCAUGGCCUUCUCAGUCACCAGAUCUCAACCCAACUGAACACUUAUGGAAGACUCUGGAGCCCUGAGACAGCGUUUUCCACCACCAUCAACAAAACACCAAAUGAUGGAAUUUCUCAUGGAAGAAUGGUGUUGCAUCCCUCCAAUAGAGUUCCAGACACUUGUAGAAUCUAUGCCACGGUGUAUUGAAGCUGUUCUGGCUCGUGCUGGCCCAACAUAAGACACUUUAUGUUGGUGUUUCCUAUAUUUUGGCAGUUACCUGUAUUAUCCAUUAAAGCAACACUAUGCACAACAGGCUACCAUUAAAAGCACUUGAUUUUUGUAGCAUGGCACAAUAUUUUUUAAACAUGAUUUGAAACCAUAUAUAUUUUGUUCACAAAGUCUUAUAUGACAAGAAAAGUAUAAUCAAUGAAGGCCCAUAGUUCUUUUGGUUAUGAUGAGAUUAAGAUCAGACACAAAUCUCAUUAAGGUAUUUAUAAAUCAUAUUUUUCCAAAUCUAGGGCUAUAUUAAAUUGAUUGAAUUUGCUGUACACCUCACACAGGGAGUGGUUUUAAUAAGAGCACUAUCCAUGCAAGAAGCAUGUCCCCCUAUCUCUGUGUUUAUAAUAUAUUUAUAUAUUUACAGCAUUUGUUGGGAGCCCAAUCAGAGGACAAACCGCUGAGUAUUGAGUUGUUGGAGCAGUUGAAGUACACCGGCUGUGUCAUUAAGGAAACUCUCCGGAUCAACCCUCCUGUCCCUGGUGGCUUCCGUGUAGUACUGAAGACUUUUGAGCUUAAUGUAAGUAAACCUCCAUGUAGGUCAAGAAAUAACAUUUACAGAAUAUUUUAGGCUAAAAGUUUAAAGGAGGCAUAAUUGAUUGUCUUUUGAGAGACACAAAAUGGAAACCAUGUACUGUUCUAGCAUAUGAGUUUUUCUACAAAUAUCUCACACACAAUAUGGUAGCAACUCUAUGUUUUAAUAUAGAGCUCCUUGUAUACAUCACAGGGGGCUGCUGAGGGGAGGACGGCUCAUAAUAAUGGCCGGAAUGAGGCAAAUGGAAUGGCAUCAAACACCUGGAAACCAUGCGUUUGAUGUAUUUGAUACCAUUCUACUAAUUCUGCUCCAGUCAUUACCACGAGCCCGUUCUCCACACUUAAGGUGCCACCAACCUCCUGUGGUAUACAUCAAUGCCAACAGAAACUGUAUAAUGAUUGGAAUUAAAUAGUUUGAAGUCAUUGCCAUCCCUGCCCCAACCUCAGGGCUACCAGAUUCCCAAGGGUUGGAAAGUCAUCUACAGCAUCUGCGACACACACGACCUGCUGGACACACUUAUAAAUAAGGAGGAGUUUCAGCCAGAGAGGUUCUUGGACAAGUCACCAGAAGACUUCUCCCGGUUCGGUUACAUCCCCUUUGGGGGUGGUGCGAGGACAUGUGUGGGUAAAGAGUUUGCUAAAGUUGUACUUAAGGUGUUCCUGGUCGAGGUGGUCACCAGAUGCGACUGGACUUUGUUGAAUGGACCCCCGACAAUGAAAACAGGCCCAACCGUUUAUCCAGUGGACAAUCUGCCCACAAAGUUCACCAGCUAUGGCGACAAAUGUAUCCAGAUCUACUGA